GACAAAGUGUGACAUGUUCAUUACAAUAUACAAUGACUCACUCUCAAAGAUAACAAAACAGAUAAUGUUUUUGUACUUUAUGCAAUGCAAUAUUCUGUGAUUGUUGUUCUCCUAUGGCAAAAAGGAGAAGCUUGACACUGGCAAGUUGUUUUGUACAUUUUAAACUCAGCUCUUCAGAAGGCCAAUAGUGACACGACGUUUCGCAUCGUCUUGAAUAUUUUGUAAGGCAAAGUAAUCGGGGUUUUUGUAUUUAGGCCUGAAGUCUGAUACUGUUGUUAGUAGUAACAAUGGACAACAAGAGAAAUCCAAAAGAUGAAUGCGGUAGAAUUUUGUACCACGGAACCGAUAUGGCUUAUAUUUACAUUAAUGGUGAUUUAAUGUUCACAAUGAGCGAAGUCUGGCGAAAUUUAUAUCCUAAAUGGCGUCGAACAACGUUAAAUGAUCGGGUGAAAAGAAUGAAAAUUCGCUGGUACACAUGCACGCCAAGCGAAAUAGAAAAGGUGCUUUCAGUUCAAGGUAUUGCAAAAUAUGGAAUUCAUUGUACGCUCAUUUCCAAGCUCGAUCUUGAUAUGUUUACUAGUGUAUAUAAGAUUGGAUUCGCACUGGAAAACAAACGACGAAUUUCGGGCAAACAGAAACAAUAAAAUAUAGUCGGUUCAGUCAAAGACAGUAUGCUUAAACACAAGAAAUUUAAAUUAAACAAGUCGGUCGCUGUUGAUUCGGACAUGAGCCAAUCGCGGAGUGAAGUAAGUGAGUUUAUUGCCAAGGAAGAAAGAGGUAAACAAAGCUCGAAAACUCGCCGUAAAAGCAGCUCUCGUGCACAUGUCACAAAUAACAGGUAUAGCACGUUUACGAUUCAGAACGACAAAACGCACAAUGAAAUGAAUAAAGGAAUUGGUAAACAAACGCACGUGUUCAUUAAAGCGCAAAACAAUGAAAUUCAUGAGGGGAGGGCUGGUUUGCCGAAAAAGAGAAAGUUGAUUGCAAGGUCGCUUGAAAAUAAAAAUAAAAAUAAAAAUGAACGUCAAGACAUGAACAAUGAAGGAUGGAAUUCUGCUAAACGCCGUUGUGCGAAUGUCACACGUUCUGAUUAUCAUAGUUGCUCAAGUUCCCCAUCGCUCGAUAGCAAAGCGGUUUUUUCUAAAAAGCUAGGUUCCUUGACAAAAGUGACCAAGCAAAAAACGUUUAAAGCUAUUGAGCAAGUAAAGAAAAAUUAUGAUAGGCUCAAAACCCACAAGCCUGAUCAGAAGAUAAAGCAAACUAGGAAAGAGACACGAACAAAAAAUGAAAUAAAGAAAAAAGCAAAGAAAACUAAGAACCAAAAGUUAAUAGGAAAAUCGUGUGAAAAUAAUCUACGGCCUAAAACAAUUACAAAAGAUCAAAUAAUGAAAAUGGAUUUAAAAGAUCUGAAUGAGAAAUAUCUUAUCGACUCCUUAUCGCCAUCAACCAAAACCGGUAGCAAUAAAAAUAGUCCAUCAAAUCCUCAAUCUUACGAGAUUAAACUGAUGCCAGUAAAACCUGUUUGGAAGGUAAAUACCAAUUUUAGAUUCAUAUCAAACUUCCAGCUUCCACCAUAUCUAACCAUCCGUGAUGGUGAACUGAGUCCGGCAUACAGCAUGAUUUGUCGACCUGGAAAGAAACCACCAUCUGCUCACCCUAUUUGGAAGUGGAAAAUCGGAGAGCCUGUGAUUGGCAACAAAACAGAAAUUAGGUAUCGCGUAAAAAGAGUGAAGUGCGGUUAAUCAGUAUUUCAUUGAAUUCUCUGUUCAUGGUAGUAGCCAAUUAUGUUGUUUCCUUCAACUUGGACAUCCAUUGAUUAAUUGUAGCAAAUUGAAAUAUGCUUAUUGUAUAAAUAAUGCUUAUUGUGUAAAAGUUUACGUUAAAAACAUUUAUCAUAUUUAUUUUUUGUUAUCGUCAAUGCUUAUCGUUAUAAGCGUUAACUAACUUUUUUUCAUUCAGUUGUCUUGUAAACUUGAAAGAACUAAAUCGUCAUCCAUCAUCAAGAUUAUAUACAAUCAUAAGAUUGUGCCGAAGCAAUCCAGAUAAACAGCUUCUGAAUUGUAA